GCGUCGCUGAUAGGAAGCCGGCAGCUGGCGCGAGGCCUUCCGCGCCGUCACCGCCGUCGAGAGCCGCCGCGGUCAAGGCCGCUGGGGCACCUGUCGCUGCCGCUGCCGUGGGCGUGGCCCCUAAGGGUCCGAUGCCGAGCCCGCCCCGCAAGAGGUCCCGCGUGCAGACGCCCUCGCCCGUUCCUCAGGUGGUGACCAGUACGCCAUCAUCUAGCUCCACCAGGGACAGGAAACGGGUGAUCGCGAGUGUGACGCGAGGUGGUGUCCAGCCAGUGCGCAGCAAGCCGGCUGGCGGCAGUCAGGACACCGCGAAGAAGCAGAAGCAGCAGCAGCCGCCGCCUCGGCGGCACCAGCUGGUCCCGGCGUCUCCCGCCGUCCCAGUGCGGAGCCUACGCACGAGGGAUCUGCCGCCCAAUACAAGGAAGAAGCCGCCAGUUCCUACCGCUGUCGCCUCCAGGAACAACCUCCGCGGCCGCGCGCCCACGCCCACGACCAGACACGCGGCGUCUUCGGCCGGGGGCGGCGCGGGCGGCGGCGCCGGGCCCAAGGGCGGCGCAGCGGCCGAGCCCUCGGGGCCCAGCAUGGUGGACGUCGAGGGUGGCUCUCUGGCCCUGCAGCAGCAGCAACAACAACAACAACAACAACAACAGCUACAACAACAGCAGCAGCAGCUGGCCGCGCAGUACCAACAGGUGGUCAGCGAGAAGGCGCGCUUGGAGGCGCGCCUCGCGGUUCUGCUCGACGCCGAGCACGAGGUCCAUUCUCUCAGGGAGAGGCUCCAGGAACAGCAUUCCACAAUGGAGCAAUUGAGAGCAGAAAAUGUGUCCUUGCAAGCAAAGCUCCUGAGUGUUGCACACUCGCCUCUCUCAGACUCUGAGAAGCAACAACUACUCCUUGGAGCUCGACAGCAUAGUUCUGCGCCUGCAUCUAUGGUUGCCAGUGACCUACAACUACCAGUGGAGGAUACAGCAGAUGCAGCAAUACCAGAAACAUCCAUUCCAUCAUGGGACAGGCAGUCAGCUUCCAGUGCCAGCCAACUGUCUGUUGCAUGUUUACAGGAUCGUAUCCAGCAAAUGGAAGAGACUCACUAUAGCACCAAUGAAGAGCUGCAGGCAACUCUUCAGGAGCUUUCUGACUUGCAAUCUCAGCUUCAGGAGCUGCAGGCUGAGAAUGAACGUCUGGUUGAAGACAAGCACAUUCUUGUGGAAUAUCUGUGCCAGCAGUCAGAAAAGUUGGAAGACAGCCGGAGUCAAGCUGAAGCUUUGCAGGGAAUGCUGCUGCGGGGUGGGCCCGGUGAAGUUGUCCAUGAUGACAGAUUAUUAGACCUCCUCAAAAUUGCCCAGGAGAAAAGAGAUUGCCUCUUAGUUAAACAGCAGGAAUUAACUACUCAAGUGGCAGAGCUACGCCAAGCUACCAAUGUUGCCCAGGAGGAGGCAGCUCAGUCACGAGAGUCAGCACGUAAGCUAGAGGCAACAUUAGAGGCCGUGCAAGCAGAACGGCACACAUUGGAGCGCGAAUUAGCAGAGGUUCGACAGGAAAGCUCGUCACGUCUCAUUGAAUUGCAGAGACUCACCACACUGUUAGAAAAUGCACGAGCGAAGAUUGAGGAGUUAGAGUCAGCUCGUGAGUUGGAAGACAAAUCUGAUGUUGAAGAAAUGUUGGACAAUGUCAGGAAAGAGAAGGAUACAUUAGAGAGCCAAGUAGCCACAAUGCAGGAACAAGUGUUACGUGGCCAGUGUGAAAUCACUAGGUUGGAGGAACAAUUGAUGCACUUGCAGGAGGAGUGCAAGGUAACUCGUAAUAAUGCAAAGUCAGCACUUUCUGAUUUGGAAUACAAAUUUGAAAGUCUUAAACAAGAAAAACAACAACUGUCAACAGAAGUGCAGGUCUUGCAAAAAUCUCUUUCUGAUAUUAAGAUGCAAUGUCAGUGCUACCUAGAUGAUAAAGAGCAACUACAGGCAGUUUUAGCAGACUGUCAAAAGCACUUGAGUGAAGCUGAACAAAAGUUGACUGAACAGGAAAAGAGUCUUGAAGAAGAAAGGAGGUUACGGCAGCAAGAGAGUGAAGAAUGGCAGCAGUUUCAGACUGAUCUCUUAACAACAGUUAGAGUUGCGAACGACUUUAAGACUGAAGCAAGUGAGGAGCUGAAGAAGCUGUUGGUGGAAAACAAAAACUUGAGGGAUAAGGUGCGAAACAUAGAAGCACAGCUGGAGAAGUACAAAGGUGAAUGCAAUACCUUAGAAGAGAAAGUAAUUGAUCGGGAAUUGCUGCUGAGAAAACUGUCUGGUGAAGAUGUCACAGAUGGGUCUCGAAGGGCAAAAUUGCAAAGAGGAAGGCCACUAGUUUCUCAACGUCCAUAUAAAAUUAAAGAAAGAGCUGAAAGCUUACCAGAUUUAAUGAUAGUCCAUGACAUGUCUCAUGGAGCACACAUUUUCCCUGAUGUUUCAACAGCAGGCCAGUCAGAUGUCGCACCAAGAGAGAGUCAGGAGUUAGAAAAAAACAGUGCCGAUUGUUUUAAUGGGAUACAAAAUAAACUUGUCACAACAAACAACAAUAAAGACUAUCUGCGGUUGUAUUACGAUAAAAUGCCUGAUAUUAAUGAAGGCGAGGUGGAAAACAUUGCAGGUUCUGAAAAUAAGCCCACUACGCAAUUAAAUUCUGUGAAUACUACAGCUAUAGCUGAAACGUAUAACAAACAGUUUGUGAACUUCCACAAUCGAGCCAGACUGUCAGACAUGAUUGUUUAUAGGCCUGUGGAAGUGAUGAAUAGAGGUGAAAAUAAGUAUAUUGAACAAAUUCAGAAAAACAAAAUUUUGGUGCAGACUUCAGAUCAAAACGAAAAUUGGAAGGAUGACCUGGACGGUUUCUCAGGGAUUUUCAGUAACAAAACAACACACACAUUAUAUGAAAAUGGGAAAGCCUUACUCCAAGAGAGUGUGGCACCUUCUCAAUUAUCAGGAAGUGCAAAUGGAAAUUUAUGUGGCAAUUGUAGUCCAGCUGAAGCAGAAGAUCUGUCUGGCACUAUCUGCUGCUCUUGUUGGAAUUUGCAGAGUGAACAGGAAAAUAACCAGAAAGGAAAGUCUGCAGCCGCAUGUAUGGAAAAACACUGUGAUAAAAAUGCAACUUCAGUAGACAAAAAUGAGAAAAUAACAUUCAAGCUUCAAAAAAUAUUUCCGUCUUCAAAUAAGAAACAAAACCUGGAAACCUUGCACAAAGUGAAACCUGAAACGAGACAUGUUAAUCAUAGGAAGCAGAAUUUGUCCCCACGUGUGACAAAAAAAAGGAUUAAGUUUCCUGACAAUGACACUUCAAGGUUUAAAAACAUAAUUCAUAAAGCAUUUGCAUGUCCAGACAACAAAGAGAGAGCCACUGUGGCAUCCAAUGUACCUGAUAGUGACUGUUGCUCAGUAGACUCAUUCACAGUAUCAUCUACAGAUAAACUGUGUCAUCGCUCCAUAGGAAACAGACAUACUUUGGAUCUUGCAGACAUUGAUACUAACAAUGAAACUCAGAUUUUUGAUAUACACUGGAGAUUCUCAGAUGUGAAAGCAAGUGACUCGUUCCUCUCAAAAAUAGCCAAGUUUGAAAGUUUACAGAGACCUACUGCAUCACUCUGCGACUUGCCACAAACGGGAGUUGUGUUAAGGGCCAAAGACAGCAGUAAACCACAGAGUCCAACACAGCGAUGGUCCAGCCCAAGCAGUUCUCUCUUAUGUUCAGCCACGCCAAAACCACCGACUUCAGCUACACUGGGAAUUAGAGUGCCUACUUCAGCCAUGCAAGAAACUGGCUGUCCAUCUACUGUGACAAAUAGUGUUCCACAGGAGAUAACAUUGAGAGGCAGGGAAAUUGGAGUUUCUCGACAAGAUAGCCAGAUUUCUGUCAAAUCUCUGAUAGAGAGCAUCGAGAAUGCAACCAAACAGGCAAAAGGUGGUCCACGAAGCCGAAGUAGUUCGACAUCUAGUCUAAGCAGCAUAACAAGUGAAGUGAGGACUGCAACAUCGACAGGCAAUCCAAGUAUGCCACAGACACCAAACUUCACUCGUAGGCAUAAUUCUGAAACAGAUGCUGUGUUUUCUGUGAAGACGCCUCUUCGGGACCAACAACAGAGCAAUAACCAAACUGUUGGAAACAAUACAAACAAUAUGAAGGCUUCACAGAAUAGGAGAAAUCUAAUCACUGACAACACAAACAGCAAAGCAAAUCUCUACAAUGACAGCUUAAAGAAUAACAAACCAUUGGGAGAUGUGGUACAAGCUAAUCCAGUGUCAAUCCUGGCCAACAAAACAAUGGAUUUUGUGAGGAAAAACAGUUGCAGUGAUUUAAGUGAAAGAAAAGAUCCUCUUUCAGCAUUGACAAAAAAUGGUGGCUCGAAGCGCAACGCUCUCCUGAAGUGGUGCCAGAAUAAGACAGUUGGCUAUAAAAACAUAGACAUCACAAAUUUUAGCAGUUCAUGGAAUGAUGGGCUAGCAUUUUGUGCUAUCCUUCAUUCAUACUUACCAGAUAAGGUGCCUUAUGACACAUUGAAUCCAAGUGAAAAAAGGAGAAAUUUUUGUAUAGCAUUCGCAGCAGCUGAAUCUGUUGGCAUUCCUACAACAUUGAAUCUGUCCGAAAUGAUUCAGCUGGAACGACCAGACUGGCAGCAAAUAAUGGCAUAUGUCACUGCCAUUUAUAAGCAUUUUGAGACGUGAAAUUAACUGAAAUGCAUCUUUUUAUUGUUGUUCAGUGUUCUACAAAAGGAGGUAUUUUAAUUCGUGAUUUUAUAUAUGAAGGCUCAAGAAGCAUCUGUUCUGUUUUGGUUGUUGUAUUAAUGAAUGUCUUGGACAAAUUGAGAGAUGUGACAUUAUCUGGUUUGAAUGAGGUGUUUUAGAAAAUUUGCUUCUUGUGAAAUAUUGAGAGAACAGAGUGACUAGUGACUAUUAAUUGAUACUAAUGUAUUGUCCAAAGGUAACAAACAAGUAAUUAUUCACAUUCCAAAUGAUUAAUGCAGCUCAGAACAGUAUCUUUAUAUGUCAAACACCUUCCCCCUCCCCAGAAAUAAGGGAGCUUUGGGCUUGAAUCUGGAUGUACAAAAGUGAGAUUGUUUCUCCUGUAGUGCUCUAUAAUUAAUAAAACUACUCUCUGAUGAUAGUGAACAAGUAGCUUACAAAGCAGCAGUUAAGACAUUCUUAGUAGAUCUGUUCUGUUUGGUGAGUCUUAUUAGAGAACACUCAGCAUCACUGUUUUACUUAGUUUAUUUAUUGUUACAUUGAAUGAGUGCAGCUGCUGAUUGAAAUGGAUACAAUAUAUUUUUAAGAACUAUGUGUGUGUGUGUGUGUGUGUGUGUGUGUGUGUGUGUGUGUGUGAGUCCUAUAUCAUCUGCAGAGAGAGAGAGAGAGAGAGAGAGAGAGA